UUCCUCAUUCUUACCGUGCUUUGUGCCUGUUAAAUACGAUUGCUAUCACAUUCCAGUUCAACCUACCAAUCAUUGUACCCAAUUUGGUAUUUUCAAAACCCAAGAUGAAAGGACUUGCAGCCCUUGUAGCUCUGACGUUUAUCCUUGCUGUCGGACCAGUCCUUGCCAAGGACAGUAGCAGUGCAGAGAUCAAAUGGGGAGUUACGAGCUCCAACUGUGAGAGUUGUCAUGAGGUGAAGCCUACCAGCAGGAAGACUUUCCGGGCAACCGACUCCGCCCAUCCGAUCGUCGGGGUGUUCGCGACCAGGGACGACGUGACGGACGACAUCUGGGGCAAGGGUAUGGUGCGAGGGACCAAGAUCGCGAAGAAGCAGUGCUACCAACAGGCUCGAGCUUACUUCAGCGUGGUAUCCGGGACCAGCAAUGAGCCCCUAACUGUGGACGUGACUCUGGGCACCAUGGCCAGGGAAGUCUGCUCCUAUGGGUAUACCAUUAAGGUUUGCUACAAGAAUUAGGAAAGAGAUGUUGAAGUACAAUGUAUAGAUGAAGAAUAAAACUGUUUGUGUUGAGUCGUUAA